UUUCCAGAAGCGGCAGAAUCCAUCCUGGGGCGGUUCGUACUGGUCCGCACUGACAGUUCCACUUUCAACAAGUUGAGGUUAUGCCACCGACCUGGGAAAACACCUUUCUUCGAUGUUACAAUCUGCUCUAAAUAAAAAUGGCACAUUUACUAGAAAAGCUAAAAGAAAGUGUCGCCGCACAAGAGUUCAAACGAAUCACCGAACACCUCAACGCCAUUCUGUCGCAGCCGAAGGAUGUGACCGUGGCGGACGUCUCCACAUUCGAAACUUUGCUAACAAUCAAAUGCAAUGACAUUCUUAUCCUGACGACGCAGACUAUCGCGGAGCUCUCGAAACAAGAAGACAACCGCAACUGCUUUACGAACGGCAACAUAAUCAAACAAUUAAUUCCGUUCCUCAGCCAGAGUGACAAAAACAUCACACUGCAGACAUGUAGAGCACUAGGCAACUUGUGUUUUGAAAAUGAUAAGGCAAGAGUAAUUGUGGACAAGGAUGGCCUCAAGGCGCUAAUCACACUGAUGAAGACCACGCUGGACGUGAAGUCGUUUGAUAUUAAGCUGAUUGCCAUCUCUUGUGGAUGCUUGAUGAAUAUUAUUAUGAAUAAUGAGGAUUUACAAAAGGCUUCACUGGAUUAUGGUGUGCUGGAAAUUAUGGAGAUGAUAUUGAAGCACAAUUUGAUUGAUUUUGAGGCGAAUGAGGAUUGCAGUACUCAUGCAUUGACUAUUUUGAAUUUGGUUACUGAGCACAUGAAUGAUCAAUGGUUGACUCAGAAUUUGUGUAUGUUAUUGGUGGAUGUGUUGAAGAUAUCCAUGAAUGCGGAUGUUUCUACUUUAUGUUUGGAAAUUUUAAGAAUGCAGUGUGAAAAUGAUGAGAUAAAAUUAUGCUUGGCCAAAAAGGGUAUUUGUGAACUAGUAUAUGAAUUGGUGGAGAAACACGGGAGUCACGUGAAUGACGAAGAAAGUCGAUCAGUAUUAAAAAUGGCUUGUGACCUUAUAGUAUUAAUCUUAACUGGGGAUGAUUCCAUGGAAAUGUUAUACGGCGAAGGCAAGGGAAAAGUCUACCAACAGAUGGUGUUCUGGUUGAAUUCGGAAGAUGUUGAUUUACUCAGCACCGGCGUGUUGGCAAUAGGCAACUUUGCAAGGAAAGAUCAACAUUGCAUACAACUAGUCGAAAAUGGUUUAGCUAAAAAAUUAUUAGGUAUUUUAAAAUAUUAUUCUGUGGAUGGAGAUACGAAAGUCCAACACGCUCUGUUAAGCACCUUGCGAAAUUUGAGCAUACCGCCCGAGAAUAAAGCAAAAUUACUACAAGAAAACCUGGUUGAAACCCUGCUCUCGAUGUUAAACAUCGACCAAUCACCGGUUGAGUUUAAAUUACUGGGGACACUUCGAAUGGUCGUUGAUGGACAAGAAAAGACUGCCUUGGAUCUCAUUCAACGGAAGCAAUUCAUCGAGAAACUCGUGCAUUGGUGCUACAAUUCCGAUCAUUUAGGUGUUCGUGGUGAAGCGCCGCGACUGCUCGCCUGGAUGAUCAAGAACUGCAAAACUUCGGAUUCUUAUGAUGUAGUUUUAUCUGUCCCGAAAAGCGUGCUCUGCCUAGUCGAGAUGAUGACUUCGAUGCACGCCGUGAUGCAGAACGAGGCGAUGCUCGCCUUGAAUCUCUUGUGUAUCAGCUGCCUGGCGAAAGAGCCGAAAGAUCCGCAGGAUAAAUCAUUAGCACAGCAACUAGUCGACGCCGAAAUCGGCAAGAACAUCAAAUUCGUCAUUGAGAACUAUCACGAGAAGAUGGAUAACGAAACGGCGGAGAAUCUUAUAUCUCUGAUGACACAACUGGUAGAAAAUAAACAAGUCUUUCCCGACUUAAAAGGUAGUUUAAAUGCGGACAUUUUGAACAAAAUCACCAAGGACGCUCGACUGUCGGGCAAAGUCAAGACAAUUAUUGCGAAGUUAGGCUCGUAGUGAUAAGAUAACGAAUUCAAAAAUGCCAUACAUUCAUUCCGAUUUACGCCGUUAACAUGGAACGACUCGUUCUAGUAGGUAAUUUACAAAAUACAUCAGUUCCUGUUGAAACCAAUUCAAUUUUCGAAACUUCAAAAGUAGACAAAGCGUUAGGACGUACUACAUAUAAAUAUAAACAGGUAUUCCAAUAAUUUUCGCUAGAAAAUCUUGAAAUUUUUGGAGAACUAGUUUUACUGAAUACUGAACAAAAUUGUAAUUAGGAGAAUAGACUUUAAACGCUACUAAUAUUAAGCUCAAAGAUAGAGACGUGUUAGAAAACGCCAACUGCAUAUAAGUCAGUUACGAAUGUAGAGAUUUGCUCUGUCUAAAUUUUAGACUACCACGAAGGUACUUUCGAUUUACUUGUUGAUUACAUUGAUGAACAUCUUUGGGCUUAACAUAAAUAUCAUACCAAAAUGCAAAUUCAUACUUGCAUCGUGAAGAUUUACCCAUUAAUGCACUAACAAACGAAAUCUAUAUACAUCCACAAGAUGAACAAGUGACGAUUUUUGACGAUUUAUUAACCUUUAGAACGAACGCAAUAAUCAAAUACCAACCAAAUUGGAAAUGUGCACCAUCGUUUUUCUAAAUGUAUUGCACUCAUUUUAGAUGCUCUUAUAUACAUGAACGGGCGCGGCUUAAUAACGCCACGUCGCAUAUACGCAUACCAAACUACAUUUACAUUCACAGUACUUACGAUAUAUUCAUGUUAUCGUAAUCGGGUAGUCGAGUAGAUGAUUGAAGGCGGAAGCGUAACAACUCAAUAUAGAUUUGUAGCGGCAUGUUGCGUGCAUUUACAGCUUUGAAAUGAAUUACAGAAUAUAGAUAAACCAAAUACAACAAUUACAAAUCGAAAGAGUGCUCUCAUAUUCACACCGAGUUCUCAUGUGUCACCUUACAUGUUAACAUUCAUAGCAUAUUGUACGAUUUCAAUGAAAUACCAAAUUAUAUAUGCCAACAACUUUUAUGACUUUAUAAAGAGCUUUUGUCAAAUUUA